CUUUGGAUCCAUUUCGAAACUGGAAUGCAAAGUUACAGUAAUACCAGUGAUGAUUAGUCGCAGCCGGCAGUUCAGCAGACGUAACUAAUCGAAAAAACAUGGCUGUCUCGUUAAGGUCAUUCUGCUCGCUGUCUCGGUUUUUCCAAAAUCUCCCCAACAAAUGCCCUUCCCCAUUAACUCAAGUGAUCAAUAUAAAUGCUGUUUUGAAAGGAUCCACAGAUCUCAAUGUAACAAGUCAAUCACGUCGUUCUAUGACCAAAUGGCACAAAUUCAAAUUUGGAUCAAAUAAACCUUUGAUUAAGAGAGAGCCACCUGAGAUUUUGGAUGAAGAAGAUAAUAAACAACUGGUAGCUAGAGUGUCUGAACAGAUGGCAAAUCCUGAUAUGGGUCGGCUCUUUGCUGUUGUUUAUAUUCGAGGUUUACAGAGGAAAGUGACCGCAGAAGACAUGUUAAUUGUCACCGGCUCCUUUCCACCUAACAUUGGAGACAGGCUGAGGUUAGAAAAGGUUUUGUUAGUCGGCGGCAAAGAUUUCUCUCUUGUUGGUAGACCAAUUUUAAGUCGAAGUAUUGUUCGGGUUGAAGCAACUGUCAUAGAAAAAACUUUGUCAAAUACUAAAGUACGUCUAAGUUAUACAGCAAGGAAACACAAUCGCAAGUUUAAAUUGUUGAAAGAUCUUCAAACAGUCAUUGUUAUAAACAGUAUAGAGGUUAAUCCAAAAGGACUUAUCUCUGACACAUCCGACACUAUAUCAGUUGUUUGAUAGUCACCCAUUCAUUUACAGAUUUAUUAUUUUGAUAAUGUAAAUAGUUAAUAAACAAAUUUGAUUAAACUAUA